GAGUGCUGUUUCGGCUUGUUCCGCGGCCGCUCGGUCAUUUUCGCCUCUUUGUUUUACUGAUAGUGGAUUUAACUCGGAUUCAGCCCAAUAUCCAGCGGACCUUGCUCCUCCCAAACAGGCUCCAAUGAGAGGCUCUCCAUGAUGAGGAGUUAACACUGUCGGCCGCACAACCGCAGGAACAGACGUGGCCGCUGCACCAUCCACAGUCGACGCAUGGCGGUAUUAGGGAACCCCGACAUGCUGACGAGGAAGAUAAAGCUCUGUCACAUCAACGCCCACAUCACAUGUCGUCUGUGUGAGGGCUACCUGAUCGACGCCACCACCGUCACAGAGUGCUUACACACCUUCUGUAGAAGCUGCCUAGUGAAGUAUCUGGAAGAAAACAACACGUGCCCCACGUGUAGGAUUGUUAUUCAUCAGAGCCAUCCACUGCAGUACAUCGGCCAUGACAGAACAAUGCAAGACAUUGUCUACAAGUUGGUACCGGGACUUCAAGAGGCGGAGAUAAAGAAGCAGAGGGAUUUCUAUCAGAAGUUGGGGAUGGAGGUGCCUGGAGACAUUAAAGGAGAGCUUUGCAAUAUGAAGACUCAUCUAGAUCAACGCAAUGGCGAUGCAAAAUCAGAAGACACGGCCAAUAAGGAGGCAGGAGAGGAGAAACCAGAAGAGGACAACGACUAUCACCGUAGCGACGAGCAGGUCAGCAUCUGCUUGGAGUGCAACAGCAGCAAGCUUCGAGGUCUGAAGCGCAAGUGGAUCCGCUGUUCAGCACAAGCCACAGUCCUCCACCUCAAGAAGUUCAUCGCCAAAAAGCUUAACCUGACAUCAUUUAAUGAGCUGGAUAUUUUAUGCAACGAGGAAAUCUUGGGAAAGGACCACACUUUGAAAUUUGUUGUUGUGACAAGAUGGAGAUUUAAGAAAUCCCCCCUCCUGCUCCAUUACAGACCCAAGAUGGAUCUGCUGUAGCGAAAACGGACACAACGGUUGUUUUUUUGUUUUUGUUGUUUUUUUUGGGGGGGGGGUUUUUGGCCCAGUGGCCGCAGACUGUGCCGAAACCUUUUUAUUUAUGCAAAGACGAUCAACCAACACCAAGCAAACACCCGACGGUCAAAGUCAACACAAGCCAGCAAAUCGGGAACUAAAGAGGGCGGGCGGGGAGGGCAAAUACAACAAAAACUGGCAACCUCCAGCACAGAUACUGCAACACUGGUGUGUUUUUAGGAACUAAAACAACCAUUUUUUUGUCCGCUACAUCCUAGAUAUGUGAACAAAAAGAAAAAAAGAACAAAAAAAAUGGAGAGAAAGCAUAUAUUUAUACUUUUGUACAGAAGAGACACAUGGAACCAAGACACUACUGGUGCUCUGUUUACACGCAAACAAGAUGUCGGGAAUCACGUGACUGUCUUUUUGAGCAUCGUGCAGAUUUCAUCCUCCUGAGACAAUGACUGAGAGGAGAGGGGGGCAUUUUUUAUAACAGGUGUUUUUUCUUUCCUCUUUUCACAAUACACUCGACACAUCUUGGGAGCACAGAAAGUAUAUGGAAAAAGUUAUAUAACAGGCAUCAAUUUUAAGCUGUUUAUCAAGUAAAUUGUCUCUGAAUCUUUUUUUUUUAUUUUCAUUUUGUUGGCUUUGUCUAAUUUGCUAUUGGGUUCUUGAUGAUUGUCAAUUGUGAAUAGGCUAAAAUGUUUUGUGUAGUAAUUUAUGUUCUAUAUACCAAUAUUGUACAUAAAAUGUCAUUACAGAGAGAGAUUGAAGAGAGUAAGAGAGACUUUAGACUGUUAAAAAAAAGAGUGGAUCCCAGAAGUGCUAUCUAUAUUUUGGGGGGCGAUAAGUGUCCGGAGGCGAUAAAUUAGGAUUUUUAAAAGACAGACUCAUUAUCAGUAUCAAAAUAUAUAAAUGCAUCUUUAUGUUGUCUAAGAAAGACACAAAACAGAUAUAUCAAAUCCUCUGCCAUUUGUGUGUGUGUGGGGUCUAAGUAUGUUACUUUGCUCUCAUAGCAUUACUUUAGGGCAGAUAAGAAGAAAGCUUCAACCACCCCCUCCCAACUCCAUGCUCCUCGUCUGACCUGGAAUACAGCUAUCCUUGUCUUUUUUUUUUUUGGACGUCAUUAUCAACCAAUUCUGUCUUAACAAUAAUGCUACACAAAAACACUCAUGUUCAGAAAUGCCUGCAGGACAUAACAAUGCAAUAUUUGGGCAGAGAACUUGUUCAUUUGUAUUGAUUUUAAUCUUGUUUUCACACCAUGCAGUCCUUAAUAUCCAUCCUUGUGUUUCUGCAGCAGCACCAGGCAGGCAAAUACUGAUACACCCACAUGUUUACAGCUCUUGGGUCGCGCUGCUAGCAGCAGAUGUUGCUGGCACUAUUAUACACAUUGCAUUUCAGUUUGCUCACAUUUCAGUGGAAAACUCAGAGCUGUAAUAGACAUGAUUUUUGCAACACACCAGUCUCACUUGUCUUAACAGCGGGGAUGCAACAGAGUAGAGUACCUUAUCCUGAAUCUCUCAUUUAAGAGCAAAAUAUAAAGCGUCUGGUAGAUUGUAAGCUUUCUCUUCAGAGCAGGACUUCGUCAGUAAGAACCACCACAGGCAGGCCGGUUUGAUGAGCAUGAGUACAGAUUACUGACGUCACAUUGUUGUGUUUGUGGGGUAUUUUUCAGUUUCUUCUCACUGCCAGUUGGAGUUGCAAAUGUGCAGAGCUGCACAGUGUUUAAGAGAGUCAAUUUAAGAACAUUUCUGAAAGUCGAGUGAAUAUUGCUUUUUUCACAAAAUCUGUAUAAAACUUGGAAUUUUUUGCAGGAUAGCUAGUGUUCAAUAUUGUUGACUUCACAAGACACAAAUUUUUGAGAAAUAACUCUUAAAUUCAGGUUUUCUCACAGGCUUUUUGAACAUUUUGAUAAUGUAAUUCUGGAUAAAAUGACUACUGAUUGGUCAUUUGGUGCUUACAAAUGUGUGUUUUAAUCUUGAGGAGGAUUGUUCCUCAGGAACAUGCUGUUCUUACUGUAACUGUGUGACACAGCAAACCAAUGUUCUGUUUAACAAAGAAAUGUCUUAACUCGCAACAUUCAAAGCUAAACUGUCUUUAACCUUCCCACAACUGGACCCCUAAACGCCGUGUCAGACCUCAAGUAGUAUUACCUCACUGACCUGUCUCAUCAGUAAUUAAAGGACAGUUAUUUACCCUUUGCAUUGUACCUGCCCACAACAAGCUGUUUUGUCUGUAUGUUCACAUGCAGGGUUCCUAUCCAUCGGUAGGUUCCACCAGUCUGAAAGCUCUGAAAACACAAACUCUGGUCCAUCUAUGAUAUACACAUAUGUUGGAACUGCUCUGAUCAUUCCCAGUAUUGUGGAAAGUGCAGUUUUGGAUAGUCUCGAGGCAAAGUCAGUUAGUUCAUCUAUUGUAAUCGAUAGAUACACAAUGCUGGAUCAUAGAUGUUGAUCAUUUGGGAUUUGGAAAUGGAAAAAUGUAUAGGAACCCUGCCACAUAAGGACCUAUGACUUGUGUAUUAAACGUUUUUAUAGCCUACAGGUCUGUACCUAACCAGCUCAACCAAAACUCCUCCUGCAGUCUUUAAUGUCACUUCUCAUAGUGACUUUUAUGUUUCAAGGACCUUCAUCCAGUCACAUAUGUAAAUUGUUCAUUGUUUUUGGUUUUUAGUUUUCGUACCAAUUCUCCUACCUAAUAUCCUAACAGACUGUAUGGGUUUUAAUAAAAGGUUAAAAGGCAGAUGGCCUCCUGUUUGCCUGGAGCCAGUACGCGAUUGGUUCGACCUGCACCAGGUGCUUGGACCCUGGUGUACCUGUUUCAAGGCUGGGUGAAAAUCUGGUUAUUAAAUUAUAAACCGGCAAAAACAUAAUGCAUUUUUUUUGCCAUUUAUUUUUCAGUUACUACUCCCCAUUUCUCUCUUCCCUUAACAUUCUGUAAACACUCAUUGUAAACUCUUGCUACAACUUUUUGAUGAAACAAAACAGAUUCAGAUUAAAAUGAUUUAAAAACCAAAAACAAUGAGCCUUACCAGCUUGUCAGCUCAUGAAAGAGUACUGUGUUAGAAAAUCCCCACAGGAAUCAUGUAAUAAUUGUCUCCAUUAUCUCUGCAAGUGCAGACUUGGUGUGUUAAAGGCGUAUACACAGGCUGUUUUAUAGAAAUGAGGCUCAUGUCAAGUAAUUCUCCAGUGUUCAGAGACAUCAGUGAUCUGGUUUGCAUGUUGAUGUUGGGAAAUCCUGUUAAACACCUGGGAUGGCGGAUACCAUGUUCCAUGUUAUUUUGUAACUUCUGUAAAGUCUCUGCUCCUCACGUCACCCAGAGUCGUCGUCAUGUUCAAAGUGUUGCCACCUCCUGCUUCUCCUGUAAGAAUUCAGUCUGUUUAUGAUAAAUGUGCAUAAGCUUUUUCCUCAGGUGAUAAAGCUGUAACCCCCACCACGAAGGUGCUACUGUAAUGGUGACUACAAACAGAAAUAGUUUUUAUCAACACACUCAUUUCUGUAUAUGCAGAACACUGCGUACACUGCUCUGUACUGUUUAGAAGGACUGGCAUUGAAACAAAGGUUUCAUCUGUUCAUUUUUGUAAACUUUUUUUUGUUUGAUGUGGUUGCGUUCACACUGCAGCUUUGUGCUACUGUUUCCCCCUCACAUCAGAUGAAAACAUUUUGUCUUGACCACGUUUAUCUUUAGUACAGUAUCACAGGAGGGGUCUCACACGUUCGAAGGAACAGAUCCACACGUAACAGCUAGUGUUUUACUCGCUCUGAACGCAACUCGAAGCAAAUUUUACACCUCAGUUUUAUGCGCACAACUACAGUGAUGGUGUAAUAGGUCCCAGGUGCUACACAAUGCGGGCGACCUACACUCAGUUCUGGGCCUGAAUGCAUCCUAUGUAGAGCACUGAAGCUGCUUCCGCUCUGUAGAUGGACUACUUUCACAGCGCUGGCUGUGUAGACACAAGGCUUGCGAGUUCAUUGACCGUUGUAAUCUCAAACCGUCACCUAUGGAAACUGUCUCGAUUUGUCAUAACAGUGUCACCAUGUAGGACAAAAACACAACACAGUGGAAAUGAGACCAAACAGAAUCUCAUGUGCAAGGUCUAAAACUAGUAACUGAUGACAGCAUGAAUGUUUUACCUACAUGGUGAUGUUCUGUGGAACUGUUGUCUAUUUUACAGCUUGCAGGUUCCUGUGUUCUUGUUAAAUCACACAAUAGACAAAUAUACACAAAAAUCUAAUGUGUGGAUUUCAACAUAAAAGGCUGCAGUGUGAACAAAGCCUUUCACUUUGUCCCUGUGUACUGAGUAUUGUUCCAAGAGCCCUGUGAUCUAUGUGACGGAUGGGGAACCUGAUGGAACUGUUGGGGUCUUUGCCACAGUGAUGGUCAGAGAUGCUCUGUCUCCGCUGUGCUCUCUAUGGUGCUAACAACUCCUUGUUUCAAACUUCAGACGUUUUCAAGAAAGAUUCAGUCAGAGACAGAAAAGCACUGUGCUGCGAAGUUCUCCUGUCGGCCUGUUUCCCCAAACGACCUUGCACUGUACGUGUACGUGCUCGAGUCCUCUGGUUGUCUACUCUUGUCGGAGCUGUCUCGCUGUGCAGAUAAAGAAGGUGCUGGCUUUUUCUGUUUCUUUUUCAUUGGUUUGUUGGCUGGGCUUGCUCUGGAAAGCAAAUUUAAAUAAAUCAUAGACUGUGACGGGGCUGAUGCUGUGAAAAAUAAAAGAAAACUGGUGAGAAAUUGGGUGUGCCAGCUGCAAUUUCCUGCCUCAAAGAGAAACUCACACUUAUUAUAGGCUUCUCUGGUGAGAUGUGUGGGCCUCCAUCUCUAACAGUGUAUGACUUACAGUUGAUUUUUGUUUUAGUAUUCCCAAAGUUCUCUCAAGCUCUAGGGAGUUUGACCUUCUGUGUGUGUGUGUGUGUGUGUGUGUGUGUGUGUGUGUGUGUGUGUGUGUGUGUGUGUGUGUGUGUGUGUGUGUGUGUGUGUGUGUGUGUGUGUGUGUGUGUGUGUGUGUGUGUGUGUGUGUGUGUGUGUGUGUGUGUGUGUUGCAUCUGCCACCUCCUCUGCACCAGAAUGGAUCGAUGUUCAUGCUUUUUAUCGGCACCAACAUUGAGACAUCAGUGCCGCUAUGCUUGACAGGCGAGCUAAGAGGCUUACAGGAGGCUCGACUCUGCCUGGCUGCAGAUAGGGCUCCGUAUCGGUUCCAAAAGGUCUCCGGCAUGGAGGGGAGGCCCGUGAUCUGUCAGAGCUACAGCUCUCGGGCUCAUCUUCUCGGCUUCAACCUUGAACGCCUGUCAGGCUGCUUGUUAACUCCCGCUAGGAUCUGUGGGUGAGAGGGGGUGGGGGAUUUCCAUUCGGGGUGGUUUCACAGCUUCACGUGGACUCUGCUUACCAGUACCUACCACCAUGAUGUGAAGACGAAUAAACAAUUUAUUCGGGCUGCUUUGUAUGCCCUUUCUGAGCUCGUCUCAGAAGCUCUACAUUCAUUUCUAGCUUAUUGGCAGCAGAAUCAUUCCUGGCAACUUAAAAUAUCUCUUCUUUGUUCACUCCACUGUACUAAGUGUCCACUCCGGGAGUGUGAUAGCUUUCUUUGUUGCCCAGCUCACUGUUUCUCCCUCAUUUCUGAGUCCUCUCUAAAACUCAGUAAUCUCACAGGCAGGCUUUGUGUGUGACAGCGAGGGAGACCUCAAGGGUCACUCAGAUGACUGCACGGACACACUCCAAAAAAAAUAAUAUAUAUAUAUAUAUAUAUAUAUAUAUAUAUAUAUAUUGUCUGGCCGGAGUGGCCAUGCACUGCUGCAGUUGCUGCCUGCUCUAAAAGGCUGCUCCACUCUGAAAAGCGCCACGCUCAAGUGCACUGAAUCACGUCGCCAUGGGUGGUGCGGUUUGAAAAGCAAAAGACUGGUUAAAUUAUGGAUUGUUUUACCACUUCAGGGUCGUGGCUGUUGCUUUUGGAGAUUGUUCACUGGUGGCGGGAUCAGCAAAGUCCUCUUUUCAAAGACGCAGUAGUUGAAAAAGACUCCCCUUGACGUUUAUGUAUGAGUGUCAGAUUGAGACUGCUGGUUUCAGUAAUUCCCAAAUAAAGUGGGAAAUCGGUCCACAGCUAUCAACCUCACAGUGGCAUGCCCCCAUGAGCCAUAGCAGAUGUCAUCAAUAAAUCUGUCCAGUUUUUUUUUAUUAUUUAUUUAUGCUGAAAAAGUGACUUCUGCAGUAGUUUCUUGGUUAUUGAAUUUUUUGAGAAGAGAUUUGCUCUCCUUUUUUUGCUCACAAAUUUUGUAUUUCUCUUUUUUUGUGAAACCUAUAUUGAACUCAUGCAUAAAAUGGCUUAAAUUAUGAAUUUUGCAAUUGAAUUCCCCUUUUUUGUAUUAUUCCAAGUGAGUUAAUGUCUACGCAAUGCUCUGUCUGUGUAUAACAAACACAUAGGUGUCUUCUUUUUUAGGUCAAGCAAAAAAAACAACAAAAAAACAAGAGAAGUAAAUUGUGUGAAUCUGGCAAUGUGGUUAUUGUAUUUGCAAGGAAAAUGUGCAAUAUACGGUUCUCAGAUGGUUCCAGGUUUCAGCAUAGAACUCCAAUAUUUAAUUUUUAAACUGUUUUUUCUUUUUUCCAGUCAGUUCCUCAGGUCACUAAAUGCCUUCUGGUCCUGAGGGUGACCAGGAAAUCUCAGAACAUACACUAAUGCACCCGAAAUACAAAACGACUGGAUUAUAUUUUAGUCUUGUCUCUCUCUCUUUUCUUUCCUCCCCGUUUUUGUCUGUGACAGUUUUCUCAGACUUUGGUUGUUUUGUUUUGUUUUGUUUUCAGGUUAACACAGGCACUUGUUCAGGUGUCCUUUUCCUUGCCUCCUUUUGUAUUAUUGUUAUUUAUUGCACAUGUAAUGAACUGGUUUCCAUUGCCACAUUAAAUUCAAGGAGUUUUGGGUCUAGAAUGGGGCUGGAAUUUCUUACGUACAAAACUACAGAAGCUUUUGUCAAAACCUAAGUGUGUAUUUCAUCAAUAAAUGCCUUUUAAAAGUG